AUAUUUGAAAUGUGAUUGUACCGAAGAGAACAAAAUUCACAAGGAGAUUAGGAAGUCCAGGCUACCAGCGGCUAAAGUCCUUUCCGCUCUCCUUCUCCACAUAGCACAACAGACCCGAAAUCCUAAAACCCUAGGAUGCUUCUCUCCCCUUCCAGCCUCUGUUACUGCCAUGCUCUCCAUACCAGCAGAGGCACUUCAUCUGUCUCACUCUCUCAACGCCCACUCAGAUUGGCAGUGCUUGGCGCUGGCUUUGCUGGCCUCUCCGUUGCUUGGCACUUGCUACAAGAAAGUCCUAAGGAUUUGAGGCUACGCAUUGACAUAUACGAUGAAGUUGGGAUUGGCGGAGGAGCUUCGGGAGUUUCUGGCGGUCUACUACACCCUUAUUCCCCUAAAGGCAAGCUGCUCUUGUGGGGUGCUGAUUGUUGGAAAGAGUGUUUAAAGCUUUUGAGCAUUGCGGAAGCAGCAGUUGGUCAAAACUCUUAUGGUUUCAUAGUUCGGAGAAGGGGCAUCUUGAGACCAGCAAUGAACAUGAAGAAUCUUCUUAUAUUGAACGAUAAUGCUCAGAAUUGCCUUGCCAGUUGCAGAAUAGAGACCGUUGAUAAGGAAACUGCUCAAAAUCUUGUACCCAAGUUAUGUAUGCCAUUUGAAUCAGCCUUCUAUAUGCCUGAAGCUGUAAAUAUCCAUCCCCAACGCUAUCUCCAGGCACUCUUCUUAGCAUGUGAAAAUUUGGCGAAAGAAUUAACAACUUCUGGCUUUGGAGAGAGAGAGUUAUGUUUGCAUAAGAAAUCUAUUCACAAACUUCUCGACUUUGAAGGGGAAUAUGAUGCGGUGAUAGUAUGUCUAGGUGCCAAAGCAGAUUUGCUUCCAGAGCUCGCAGGGAAGCUUCCUUUGAGGACUUGCAGGGGUGUUGUUGCUCACAUGUUACUGCCUGCUGAUAUGGGAGAAGAUUAUCCAGACCAUAGCCCCUCAAUACUGUCAGAUGCAUGGCUUGCCUUCCAGGGGCCCCGUAGUUUAUAUAUGGGCUCAACAUGGGAAUGGAAGUCAAGAGACUCCUCACCAAAUGUCUCAGAUUAUGAAUCCUCAAGUGCUCUUGAAGACCUCAUACCAAAGGCCUCUUUGGUUUAUCCAUCUAUAAAGGAUUGGGCUUUCAGUGGAGCAAGAGCUGGUCUGAGGGCAAUGCCACCUCUCACGCCGCAUGGAUCACUUCCGCUGUUGGGUUGUGUCAAUGAUGUUCUCGGUGGAAAUCGUACUUGUAAUUACUGGUUAUUUGGAGGACUUGGUUCAAGGGGAUUGUUCUACCAUGGUUGGCUUGGAAAACUGACUGCACAGGCGGUGCUGUCCUCCAAUGAAGAAUUGAUUCCAUAUGAACUAACCUCCUGGAAGAGAAUAAAGCAGUGAUUCAAUGUUAGCACUUAUCUGAAGCAUUCAAAUGGGUAGAACUUUGCUACUGCCUACUGGAAAUUUGGAUUGCAGUAUUUUGCUCGUCUUGUGCUCUCUUUGUGGGAGGGUAAGAAGAUGAGCAAUUUCUUUUCAGAUUCGCUUUCUAAUCAUCCAGGAGCUGACAGCACCCAAAAAUGAAAAGCGAUUCUUUUGUUUUGUGAAGUAAAGUCCGAGCGAGGCAGAUGAGCUGAAAUUCACCCAUUUCUUCACACAAGACUCGGGAGUGGUGGCACACCUCCUUGUGACAUGGGACCACAACCAUUUAUACAACCAUGUUUUAAAAUGAUGAUAUUUAUGUAAAGUGAUGUUAUUUUUAUAAGUUAUUUUACAAAAAUAUCCUUAAUUUAAAACAUAGUUAUAAAAAGUUAUAAAAAAAUAUUGAAUAUGUAUCAUUUUCCAAGAUCAAUAACCCAAACCAAGAAACCCUUCUGUUGUAUCGUUAAUCUAUUCCCACAUCACUGUAAUUUUCCUCUUGGGAAGGGAUCCGGUACCCCUCACAGGCCAUUAGAUUCUUUUCUCUUCUGCCCUUCUCCCCUUCCCCUUUACAUGAUGCAUGUAAGAUCGAAAUAGAAAUAUUCGACUCCUGAGUUCAGAAC